UGGUUGCUAAGAUAUCAUAAUCCAUAUACAAACAUGGCCACUUUAUAAUACCCAAAUGGCCAUCACAUUUUCAUUUAUUUUAAGUUUAUUUUUCUUUUCAUCGGAUUCCCUAUCAAAUACAGGGGGGGAUCUAGUUUUUCAGCCCUCCUACUCUGUUGCAACUGGACCUUCCUUGACGAUAUAUUUGCUCGGAAAUGCGUCGGACCGACUUCUGUUUCUGAAAAACACAUCUCCAUCUAACACAGGGAGCCUUCCUCCUCCAUCUUGCACUGUAGAGCCUACACAAUGGCUUCUCACAAAGGAACAAAUUGGAAAGACAGCAGUUCGAAUCCAACUGAAGCUUGAGCGAAGUCUUCAGUUGUGUGGGAACAAUGAGACGGACACAGACUGCUGUCAACAGCCUCUGUGUGUUCUUGAGACACUCGAACUGUCUGCCUGUCAGGAAGGAGUCCCACCAGUCUCCAUGUACAUCCAGGCCCAGAUAUACGCCACAUUUUCACCCACUAACCCUGGAUCAGAGAAUAGAACUGUGCUUCCUAACCAAGUGUACCAGCCUCUGGGGUCCUGUCCCUGUGAUCUGACGUCAGGCGCGUGUAACGUACGCUGCUGCUGUGACCAGGACUGCUCCGAGGAAGUGUUGAAGCUGUUUGAAGGCCACUGCCUUCAAGGGCCCUUCGGUGGGCAGGUGUCUCCUACCCCGGAUUACCAGUGUUCAGCCCAGUCCACCGCCAACGCUCCGGACUGGUUUCCAUUCCUCUGUGUCAUGUCGGCGCCGGAGAACAACCCCUACCUUGGUCUGUUCUACCAGGGAAAGACUCUCAUACCAAAGCCUAGCCCGUCCUUCCAAAGGCCUGUGCUGUCAGCACCCCUCCCUGCUGAUGAAUAUCGGCAAGGAAGUCCCAUCUUCACCAUGAGUGAUCAAUACUUCACCAUCCCUCAGGAACUUUUUGCAGGGCAGUGUGCCAAUACUGCUCCUGUAGCUUAUUUGAAAAACUUCAACAUGAAAUGUACAACUCUUCUGUUGUACAUUUGUCCAAUUGGACCUCCUUUACAAAUGUCUCCAAGUGAUUUAAGAGUUCAAGUCAAGGACGGCCAAGGAGGUGUGAUAACGAUUGAUGUCCUCGAUGAAGUCGCUGUGGAUUUAAGCCCAUUCAUUUCAAGUUCUGAAUCCCCCUAUUCAACAGAUGAGGGACAGGUGUGUGAGAAUGUGACCUUGGCCAUGGAUUACCAAUUCUUUUGGCAAGCAAAUGGCCUCACAAGUAUAACACUGAGGCGUACUGUUGGAACCAUUGUGCUGAACAGUAGUGUGGCGGUGACUGCAAGGUAUUCUUCUGUCUUUCUGAGCGGGAAUGUUACUGAUCAACAUAAGAAGUCGGGAAACCCAGGGUACCUGGUGGGAACGCCGGUGCUGGCCGGGUCUGGGGAUACUUUGGACAACACCACAUUCAUAGAGAGGAGCUCAAUAAAUAUUUGGCAACCAGUUGGUGACGGUGUCUGUUCUACGGCUGAGAGGAGACCGGUUAUGUUUGGAGUGAACGCCACAGCGGGAUGCCUUCUGGCUGUCAGCCAGUAUAACUUGACCCAGUGUGAUGUUCUGAGGGAGAUGGUCGCCUCUCUCCAAGCUUCCUUAGUGAUGGCGACACACGUGGCGAAAACGGGGGACCCCGAUUUCCAAAGGAUGGCAGACUGGCUAAAGAUAAGCUACGUGCUGGUGAAUGGGAGCAGCGCUGAUGGAGGCGGCUGGUGCUCCGGUGUCCUGUGGCACCAACACGUGCACGUCAGGAGCGCUGUCACAGGCGAGGUGGGCGGCGUGCCUCAGAGGGAGAUACAGGCCCUAACCAUCAGUUACAAAAUGUCCAGUUGGAGGUUGGAGUGUGGAGGAGGAGACCCUUCUUCCUGUCUGGAUCCAAUGGAGACACAACUGUUUCCUGUCUCCUCCUCGGUCACCUUUACAGACGUCCUUGUUAACUCAGGGCCCCCCAAAACCAGGUUCCAGGUCAACUUCACAGAGUAUGACUGUGACAGGAAUGAUGUAUGCUGGCCAGAACUUGCAUUUCCUUUUACCAGAUAUUACACAGGUGAGCCAUAUUCACAGUCAUUGGCAAAAGGCCUCAUCUUGGUUUUCUUCUUCAUCGUUGCCUCAGUUCUUGGAACUCCAUGGAAACAGAUCAGACAGGCGUGGAAUACCUCCUCAUUGUAACCGCAUGAGACAAGUUAUCCUGUCUCAUAAAAUAAUGGAAUAUGAUUAUGAUGAUUGAUCACACAUUCAUUACUAAAAGCCACACCCGAUCCAUAAUAAAGAUGAAUUAUUUACAAAAGAAUGAAAAUAGUUU